GUCGAGAAUUUUGAAAAGGUGCAGAUUCGUAAUUGUACCAAAGGACACAAUAAAUUGACCCGAUUGACAGAUUAUGCUAGGAGCACAAUCAAAAUAGAACCACAGUGACUUAACAUCCAUUGAAUUGUGCCAGGGUGAACAUUUGGCACAAACCUCAAGAAUGUCACAGCCAACUGAAUCCCCCACCUUAAGUAAACUACUUCAAGACUAUAUGAUCAAAUUAUGCCAGGAAAAAAUAACACACUGCAAAAGUGUUGAGGUUGAUGGAAUAAUAUGUCUGCAGGCACAUCCUAAACAAAACCAACAACUUGCCAUUGCAAAGUUCCGAAACAAUGUUGUCUUUAAGGAGGCUCCGAAACGAAGAAGCAAGAAACCUAAAAAGCAACCAUAUUUGGGACCAAACCCAACUCAAAAUGAGGCAGAAAAUGUCCUAGAAACACUCCAUAAAAUGGUAGUUGAAAUAUGUAGCAAAAAUGUGAAGUUUCUAUCAACUUUAGAAAUAGAUGGCAUCAUAUGUUUGGAUCCUGAUUCUGACGAUCGAAAUUACACAUUAAAAUUACACGAAACAAUCAAAUAUGUAAAUGCCAAUAAUUUAGAAGAGCUUAACUUAUCCGUUGAUGAAUAUUCAACGGCAACACCAACACGGAUGAAAAUUACACCAACACUGUCAAAAACAGUCUCAACACAAACAAAACUUCUUAUGUCCACUGACCAAAUAACACAAACAAAAAAAGCACCCAAACCAAAGCGGACAAAAACUCUGAAACCAAUCAAAAGUCAUGAUAACCAGAGUGAACAAGCAGAACCAAUUACGCAUGGUGAUGAUAAUGGUGGAAGCUGUGAUGCCGUCAUAGAUGACCUUGGUGAAAAUGAACCAGUCGAUGAACAUCAGAAGAAAAAAAGGCUCAAAGGCUCUACAUUUGUCUCCCAAGCAAAAUUACAGUCAAGUACUGCAGGGCUUACAAAAACAUCUAAUGUUCCUCCAAAUGCGAAACAAGUCUUUGUUUAUGGUCGCAAACCUCUUCCAGGAGAGGUGAUUUCACAAACAGUAAAAGGACCAGUUACAAUAACCAAAGUCCAGGGACCCAUCCCCCUAAAAUCAGUAGCAGUGACCCCAAAUAAACCUGGAAACCCUCUUUCAGCCUCUAAAACCCCAAUAUCAGUCUCUGCCACUCCAGCUAAAUCUGGUCAGAGGUUGUUAGCCCCAAAACUAUGCCCAGCGACCCCAACUCAAGUCCAACCAGUAAUGUUGCUCCAAAAACCAGUUACAUCACCCUUUGUACAAGGGAGCCCUAUAGAUAUCUCAAAAUCAGCUUCUGUGACCCCAUGUCAAGGUCAGACCAAGUCAGGCCUAAAACCAGGCCCAGCAGUUGUACCUAAAGGUCAACCAAUCAUUUUGCUCCAAUCCCCAGCUACAACUUCUUCAAUUAAAGGUAAUGCAAAAUUAGCCCCACAAUUUGCCAAAUUAGCCCCACAAUUAGCCCCUGUGACCUCAACUAAAGGACAGCCCAAUUCAACUCCAAAACCAGGCUCUGUUAACUUAAAACAAGGUCAAAAUGUCAUUUUGGUUCAAAAGCCAUUCACAAAACCUUUAGUUCAAUGUAAUCCCAAGAAUGCCUCUAAACCAGCCACUGAAACCCCAGCCAUGUCACUCCCUGGGCAACCUUUAACACCAGCUCCAUUGACUACAACCCAAAGUCAGUCCUCUGUAGAAAAUCAGACUUCAAAUGCAUCGAAAAAAGCUGUUGUUGUGGAAACAGAAACAGAAAAGACACCAGCACCCUCAAUGGGUAGGGCAAUUAGUGUAUCCCAUAGUAGUGUCAUACCUUCAUCCCCUCAGCCUUCGACAAGCUUUCCGAAACCACUGCAGAGCAAGACUUCUCAACUGGGCCAACUGCAAAGCCUCUUUAGAAUAACCCCAACCUCUACACCUACCAAUAUAAAUAAAUAUCAGAACUACUAUGUCGCUGUGAGUCCAAGUAGAUCAACCAAGAGACCAGCUAUAUCAACGCAAGGAGCUGCCAUUACUACAACUCAUAGACCCAUAUUACCAAAAGAACCAGAAACCUCAAAUGAUGAACCGAAGGCGAAAAGAUUCAGAAGCUAUCGGCCCAAGAUUGACCGUACCUCAAUUCUCCCAUCAGAAUGUUAUAUGAUUCGUAACUGUGCAGAGUGUAAAAAAGACUUCAAAGAAUAUGAAGAAUAUGGCAAGCACAUGGAGGAGACACACAAUGUAGAGAAACCACACAAGUGCAUCUUUUGUAACAAGUCCUGGAAAAUGUUUUUUGAUUUAAAACUGCAUAUUAUGGAGCACUCAGCCGAAAUCUCCAAGAUGUCGAAACAGCUUAAGAAAGAAAAAAUAGUGAAAAUAGUUACUGGAGGAAAGGAAAAUAACAAAGACCCCAAAAAUGAAGAUGUAAAUCCAGAGAAAGAUAUUGAUAAUGAUGCAGAAGUACCAGAAACCUCAAAUGAUGAACCAAAGGCCAAAAAAUCUAGAAGUUACCGGCCCAAGAUUGACCGUACCUCAAUUCUCCCAUCAGAAUGUUAUAUGAUUCGUAACUGUGCAGAGUGUAAAAAAGACUUCAAAGAAUAUGAAGAAUAUGGCAAACACAUGGAAGAGACACACAAUGUAGAGAAACCACACAAGUGCAUCUUUUGUAACAAGUCCUGGAAAAUGCCAUUUGAUUUAAGAGUCCAUAUUAUGGAACACUCCGCCGAAAUCUCCAAGAUGUCGAAACAGCUUAAGAAACGGGGUGAGGUGAAAAUAGGUCCCAGAGGAAAAGAAAAUGACAACGACCCUGAAAAUGAAGAUGUUAAUCCAGAGAAAGAUAUUGAUAAUGAUGCAGAAGAAGAGGCGGAGGAAGACUACAAAGUCUAUACUCCAGGAGGCCCUAUUAAGAAAAAGACCAAGCUAGAGUCACUCAUGACGACAACAUGCACCAUUUGCAAGCUUCAAUUCGUUGACAAUCUGGCGUAUUCUCAUCAUAUGAGAACUAUACAUGACGUGAAGAAACCCCAGAAAUGUAAGCUUUGUAGCAAGACCUUUAGGGAACCCGCCACCCUAAAGAGGCAUAUUCGGAUGCAUCUCGGCCAGGUCAAGUUCAAGUGCCCGACCUGUCCAGCUAAAUUUAAGAAUAAACCAGAUCUGAAGAAUCACAUCCAGCAACAUUUGGUAAAAUCAAACCCCGCGGAGGGUAUUAACUCGACCAAAGCUAUCACAUUGAGAAGUAAACUCAUAAAACUGGAAUGUGCCAAUUGCAAACUCGUGUUUCUCAAGGAGAAACAGUUUGCCGCACAUAUGAAAACUGUACAUUCUGAAGAGAAACCAUUUAAAUGUAAUAUAUGUGGGCGUGGUUGCGCCACACGUACCUCAUUGGUCAAACAUGAAGUACUCCAUACUGGAGAAUAUCCGUUUAAAUGUGAACACUGCCCUAAGAAAUAUAUUAACCGUUCAGAUUUACUGGUUCAUCUACGUAAAAGACACAACAUCGAUACAUCUUUCGAUGAAAGUACUAUAAGUAAGAAAAAGGUAAACCCCAAAGUGUGUGAUAUAUGUGGUGCACUUUGUAAAAAUGGACUCAAAAGACAUAAGAAAUCAGCCCAUACUGCUUUAACGGAUGAUGGGACAUACCCAUGUGAUGUGUGCAAAAUGGAGUUUCAGACAGCCGAUAUGUAUACAAGUCACAUGUCUGUUAAUCACAACAUCUUUGAGGAAAGCACUAACAAUGGAGGUGCUCUUCCAACAUGCUAUUUGUGUCAGACAUUAUACCCAGAUAGGAAAGCCCUCAAGAACCACUGGAAUCUAAAGCAUAUGACUAAGAAAUGCGAGAGGUGUAACAUUAUAUUACCAAAUAAACGUGCCUACAGGACUCACUUGCAGGACGUACAUGACGAAAAGAUCUUAUGUGACUUAUGCGGGAAACAGUCUGGUUCGUUAAAUGAUCUUAAAGAACAUAGAAAAAUUCAUUUUCAUAUAACCCCUGAUGUCCAGUGUGAAAUAUGUCACAAGAUGUUUCAUCGCCGUAGCAACCUGAACCGACACAUCCGUUUGACACACAGCACUAGUAGCAGGAUUGUCCCAAGAUCUGGUAUCGCCUUAAGGAAUGUCCUUGCAUCUGUGAAUUUCAUUCAUCUGGAUGACAAUACAAUCCAAUGCCCAGAAUGUUUUACAGUUUGUGGUAGCAGAUCUUUAGCGAAAAGCCACUAUAUAAGCUUCCACACACGUCGUGGUCCCCCGCAUCGCGCCAAGUGUCCCAUAUGUGAUAAGGAGUUCCAUAGUAAGCCGGCUUUGAAUAGACAUCUUAGGAAUAUACAUGGCUGGCAUAAGACAUUUGACAAAACGGACUGGAGUGAGAUCACAAUUAUAUCAAAAAAUGAACCAAUCGAGAGAGAGGAAACUGUAGCAGCUUCAAAUAUGUUUGAACAAAUGUAA